AUGUCCACAUAUCCACAUUUAGUGUCAACACUCGACGAGGGAACCAGGCUUUCCUCCAUCGCCAUGAAGGAGAGAACGAGUGGCGCGGUCAUAGGACCCCAAAGCGUGAUCUUGGGAAGAGAGGAUGAGACAAUGCAAGCUGCGAGGAGUCACUCCCACUCGAACACACAUGUUUCUCUUCCUGCAUGGAGUCAGGGGGCGAAGGGGCAAGAGAAUGUCAUAAUUAGGGAUAUCUCAGCUCGGAAGGUUCGUGAUGCCGAGGGAAGAGGGAGCUGCGGUUCCUACGACACUAAGCUUAUCAGUCUUGCGGCGCAGUUUGACUGCUCCAAGACACCUUUUACACAAGAGUCAGGAACACCAACCACAUACGCCGUAUCGUCGACGAGUUUAAGAUGCGCAGAUGGAAAUGGCAGUGAGAAGGAAGGUAACAGCUUGACAUAUCAGGAAGCACGUCUGCGGCCCCACGUUGUGAAGAAGCGACAGGGAAACACGGACGAGACAUUUCUAAACAAAAGUGUCAAAGGAGGGCAGUAUGGGCCCCGCUGGGUCAAUGGCCAAGGUACUCGAGAGUCCUGCGUUUCGCGAGCACCAUCGAGUUCGCGGAAGUCCUUCUCUGAGCUCCUAACAGAAACUGACACCAUCGAGUUCUCGACAUCCAGAGUAAAAGGUCCCCUUGCAAUGGCUGCCAUGGCUGCAGCUGCCGAGAGAGCUGCGAGUCCUCGAAGAUUGCAGGAAGAAGGCGAAGGAGGAAGAAAGAAAAUUUGGCCCAAGCAUUUGGAGGCAAACGAGCACACUCCUCUUGGUCCUCAAUCUUCUCAUCUUGAAGCUUCGCAAGCAGUAGCCGACUUCAAGGAGAAUAGACGUAGGCACAUGUCGGAGAGGGCGUCAAAUGGGCAGGCAAAUGUGAGAAAUCGUAGCUUGUUUCGGUCGUCUAGAAAGCGCUCCUUGCUACUAAGGUCUCAUCUGUUCCGAAGAACUCUUUCUCCUGUUCCGGAAGCCUUAUCCCUCGAGGAAGAGCUCCGGAGCAAGCGACAAAGUAGCGGAGAUUUGCCUGUUUUUUUCACUGGCGACUUGCAGCAAGCUCUUGGGGGCUGUGGUGACAAUGACUCUAAAGAUUUAAUACCUUCUACCCGGAUACAUCGACGGGAUGAAGAAAGGUAUUUUCUAGCACUGAGUGAGAAGGCAUCAAUGGUUACUUCAGAAUCACCCUUGACAGAGGAGCGGGAUGAUCAUGCACGUGUUGAGAAAUUGCAUGAAAUACCACCGCAAACGGAACAAGAGAAUCUGGGGGGUGCUGGUGCUAGUCCUGCUCCUCCUCUUUGCAGUCCAGGUUCUUUUAUGAGAUUUGGGAUUGGACUAAGAGAAAAAAUCGUACGUGAUGGAGGUUUGCUUGAUGAUGACAUCACAACCAACUGCAACCGUGGCUGUAUUCUUUACGAAGGGCUUGAUAUGUCCGCGUGUACUUCAGGAGGAGAAUUUCAGGAGGAAAACUACUUUUUUUUUGGAGAAUUCAGCGUCUCGAGAUCAUGCACCCACUAGCAACCUACACCGGGAACACGAUGAACGGCAGGAUGAUGACAAAUUGCUGAAGACUCCAGUUAGGGAAGUAUCAGUAGCUCCAGAAUCGUUUUUAUCUCCGAAAACAACAGACUCGGAGCGACAGUUCACAAGAUUGAUGGACAUGGAACCGGUGGAAAGACCCAUUUUUGGCUCCCUUGCGGACUACUGGGGUAGCCCACGCAGUUCCCCUGGGAUGGACAAGGCAUUCCGAAUUCGACUGACAAGUAUCGGGAGGAUCAGAAAGUAAUGUGGCAUUCUGCAUCUUUUGAGGAACGUCUAGUAAAAGCAUUAGAAACGCAGCAAAACUCAGUACCCUUGAGAAGAAACAGGUCAAGAGAACAAGCCAGUCAAUUAGCCAUAGGUAGCAAUGGGAGGUUUGCAGUCACACUGGGCCAGCCCUGACUAAUAAAACCAGCCUGAAAUCGGAGUUAGGUAGACUGUUUUUAUAGUGUCAUCCUCGAAUUUCUACUUUUGUGUGGAGAACUGAGCCAAGCCUGGUGGUAUGGAUCAAUCAAAACACCCUCCGAAACUAGAUGAUUGUAUAUUCAGCUGCCAAGUUUUGAGCAAAUUUCUGCAUUAGAAGCUGUUGCAAUGCUGUUAAAUGAACAGCCUUCCUGGGUGGUUGUAUGUAUAUAUAUAUAUAUAUAUAUUCAGAUA